AUGGCGCCUGUUCUCUCGUCACGCCGGAUCCGCAGACGUCGAGUGGCCGAUGAAGAUCGCAAGCGGGCAUCGAGGGCUUGCACCCGGUGCAAAGCCCGUAAGAGCAAAUGUAUUGAGACGGCAUCGGGUAUCUGCCAACGAUGCCAACGAGGGUCCUACAAAUGUAGUUUUGAACAACAGGAGUCGCCUACACCACAAACAAUGUCUCAAACACCAGUGAGGGAAGUCAGUUCACCACAUAAUUCAACUCCGACACCGAACUCGGGACCAGUUGCCGAUGGCCCAGAAGGCCGUCCUAUGCACCGGGAUCUUUGUUCGAACGGUGAUGCCCCUGAGAAUUUUAUGUGGCCACGGUUUUUGUCUCGCUUGAGAAGCGCCUUCUACCUGGAAUCACAACCAACAUCUGCCGAGAGAGAAAUGGCCAGAGCAGAGGCUCAUGUACCCCGCAUGUCACCCCCUUACCAGUCUGCGGAAGCACUUCGCUUGCAGGCAGCCAUCGAUAGACUACCUCCUAUACCAGUUGCAAUGUUCUUAGCUAGGUUGUGUAUCAAGCAUGGCACUGACAGUUUCUUCUAUUUCGACCAAACAACUUUCUUGUCGGAACUGGAAGACUUUUACAAUAAUCUAACCUCGCCUCUCCGUCGCGAUGCGAGUUUUGUCUGUCUACUCCUCUCUGUGCUUGCCCUGGGCAGUCAAUGGACCCCGCGAGCCCGUCCGAGAACCUUAAACCCUCCAUCUUUCUCUUUUGGAGGCGAUCCUGGGCGUGUUUUCUCUGAUCAUGCUCGCAUCUUGAUGGCAGACACUAUGGAUCGGGUAAGCAUGUAUUCUGUCGAGGCCGCUUUCGUCCUGGGCGUAUACCUUAUGCCUUCGAGUGCUAUCGGGGCAUCAUAUCUAUACAUGGGCUUAGCCCUAAGGAAGGCCUUGACUCUUGGGCUUCAUCAAGAAUCAGAAGACCCUGACGUCGAUAAUCACGAGAAGGAGAUGCGUCGGCGGUUAUGGUGGGCCAUCUAUUCACUCGAGAGAACUCUUACAAUUAAACUAAAUCGACCCAGGUCGGUCGGACAAGAAAUCAUCACGGCCCGAUUGCCUACGCACGCAUCUAGUGAUUCCUUACAGCCAUUCAAUAAUAUCGAUCAUCAAAUUGCGAAUGCCAGCUUCGUGAAAAUCAUUGACACCAUCAUAGAGCCAGCCACUUGGUCAAGCGUCGUCCACCCUCCGUUGGGAGAUUAUGAGCCAGUUCUCAAGUCUUGGAAGAGGUCGCUACCAGCUGCCCUUGAUCUGCAAAAUUUAAAUCCUACGUCACCUCAUUAUCGUGCUGUUUUUCAUCUUUACCUCAAUUAUUACUUCGCCUGGAUUGCUGUUGGCAAAACUUCCGUUGUUGCCACUAUCAGGAGUCACUUGCGAUGCGCGAUACCUGAUAACGCUCUGCUCAGCACGUUGGACGAGACUACGACUAGGCAGUUCCGCUCAUGUAGUAGGGCAGCCAAGAAAAUACUCAAUCUACUCGAAUGUGCCAGCAAUACUGGGAAUAUCGCGCCCAGUUCCUUCACGGAUUUUCAAGGCUGCAGCAUUGCUACAAUAAUAGUCGUUCUUACGGGUAUCCUGGAGAGAGACUCGGCAUACGAAGCUCAGGUUGACUUCGGCUUAAGUUGUCUACGAAAGAUGGCGAAUGUACACACGGCUGGCCGCAUGGCGGUAUGUUUCGUUGAAGCCUUGCUGUCUAUUGCGAAAGAGGCACGAGCAAAGCUGGAAGCAAGUAAAGAAAUGCAGUUGCAGACAGAGCUUGGAAUAGUUGAUUCGGAUUACCUUGGCUGGGCCGAUUGGUUUGCUGGGGCCGUUGGGUCAUCUGGCGGCGAAGAAACUAGACCUUCUGAACCAAGGAUUUCGCCGCCAGCCAAUUCAGGGACAACCGGUCCUCGACCUGACGUCCUACCGGUGUGGGAAGAAGCGGCAGCGCUUCUUCGGCUCCGGAAUCCGCCUACACCAAGUCAUACACGUCAGCCUGAUGAUGUCGCGCUGUCACCCUCCUUUAUGAGCCAUGAGGAGCCAAGAUUUGAUGCGGGCAUAGAUGUCGAUAUACCAGGCUUUUCAUUCACGGAGAAUCAUAUGCAGCUAAUGGGCCUUACUGGCAUGGACAUGCUAGAUUUUGAUUUUGAUUUCCAACAAUGA